AUGAAUAUUGAUGAAUUAUCGGAUAACGAAAUUCGUCAAAAACUACUUGAACGUGGAAUAAAUACUGGUCCGAUUGUUGCAACAACUCGAAAUGUUUAUGCGAAUAAGUUGCAAAAACUGAUUGAAGAUAGUACGAGUAGUGCGAAUGAAAAAGUCGAACAGGUUCGGUCCAUUUUCUACAAUUUUUUUUUGUCCCAUUGA